AUGGAUCUACAAGGUACAAAAGAAGCCCGGACUCAGGAGGAGGGCGCCGAAGGUUCUCUAGAGGCGUAUGGUGCUAGCGGUGGCCGUUCCAAAGAGUAUCACAAGAAGGAGGGGCGAGACUCUCAUAACCAUGAUGACCGAACGUCCAUUCAUCCUCCUCGUCGUCGCCAGCCGCCCUUCUCCUAUCCCCAUGGGGCUCAACGAUCUACAUCGCCGGUGCCGGUACCGGCCAUCCUGACUCGUUCUCGAGAUCCCUCACCGUCACCGGAGGCGAUCAGUAUACCACAGGCUUUAGGCUUCGGUUCCCGCGAACAACGCAUAUUGCGCAAAGCUCGGCGGUCUCCGCCAGUUACGAAGAGAACACUCAGCGAGCUCGAUUUACCUUGUAUAAUGAGCAAUAUCAACCUCCGAAUGGACGCUAAUUUCGACCGCGAUUUACAUUUCAAGCCUGAUCUAGAAGGGGAGAAGGGCCAACGUAAGCGAAAAGAUGCCGCGGAUUAUUGGGACGCGUUGGCAAUGGAGAUCACUAUUUAUUCUUUCCGUGCUGCGACUGCCGAUUCUUCCGCCACUGAAGUAGUCGAGUCAAGCGAUGGCACUCGACAUACCUUCGAUCCUCGUUUGCCCGCCCUGUUCGAGACGUUACAGGACGUCAUCAAGACCCUCGUUCCGGAAAGAGAUCACCCGACUGUCAUGGAGAACCUGGAGGUUCCAUUGCUUAUGCAACAAAUACACAAAGGCGUUCUCGACAUGCUCACUCUAGCGACAUGGCUGGCAACACUCUUGAAGACUCAUUGUGCUCCGAUGCGAGACGAGUGGGCAGAUCAUAUGGUCGAGCAAGUGCAAAAGGGCUCACAAUCUCAGGAUCCCCGGGAGAUCGUCAAUGGCUUACAGACAUUGUUCAACAUCCUGGAGGCGAUGAAGUUGGACGUUGCAAACCACCAAAUCAGGGCUUUCCGAGUCCUUCUUAUCGAAGACACAGUCCCUUUCCUCCAAGAAUACUUCCAAGGCAAAUUGGACCGGGGCAGCUUCCUAGUCGAGCCCGCUCGAGACUGGUACCUAUCCGUGCGCGAUCAAGCCCGCCAGGAAGAUGCCAACGCAGAAGCCCAAAGGUUAGCAGGGGACCACAAGGCAACCUCACCCCCAGAAACCGAGGAUAAGCUCAAACCCCUUGAAGCCCUAUUCCGCGGAAUCUCCGAACAGCUACUCCAAUUCCUCUCACCCACCGAGUUCCCGGAGACCUUCCUCUUCGACUCUGAGCGUCUCUGGCAACUCCGCUCAACAAUCCAAAAUCUAAUCAACCUCGACAUCGCCUGGUACAUCUUCGAAUCAUACGUCAACAAGCACAAGCGGUAUCUCUCCACCCCGGAAGAAACCUACUCCACGUUCCGCUCGCGCAUCUGGUCCCUAAUGGAGAACGGCAUGGACCUGGAGAACCGCAUCGUCGGGAAUCCCGACAACAACGAUGACGAUCCCGACCACCGCGGCGGGAAGCGCUGGACGCAAAACAUGCGCUGUAUCGCACUAGAAAUUGCCCGUUUCGCCUGCGCAGCGUUACAGCUCGACCCCGUCGUCGCGGACGAAGUUAUCGUCCCCAUCGAGGAGGCCCUCGAAUGGCAUCUCUCAAAUGAGUCCGAUCUCUUCAUCUUCUUCCAAAACAGCAUGCGCGGCAAGAUCCUUGCCACCACGUUGACCGCGGCUCGUAAAUACUUGCCACUUUCGCCCCUGGCGAUUUGCGAGUCGCAGCGGGCUCCUCUGUCCGCCACUUCGGGUCUGGCGCAGGCAACGAGUGUCUCCGGCCCGGCAAGCGCUCAGGCGCUGACUGCCCAGCAAUUGGAUAUCGAGCGCAUUGGGAUGCGUCUUGCUCAUAUUGGCGUGUUGCAUUGGCGUGUUUGGGCCCCGUUGUUGUAUCUUCGAGAUGAGAUUGCAAUGGCGGAGCUUGGGCAGGAGGCUUUGCUGUAG